AUGACUGCACGAAAACAAGGCUGCGUAUGGCACAGUGAAGAGCUUUACAUGGAAGUCGAUAUGGUGUACCGGCGGAUGACACGUGGAAGAUAUCAGCAUCUUGCACCGCUAUCGAAAUUGGGCACAAAAAGUUGUCUUAGCUUCUUUGGUCAUAUAUCAAGGAGAUCGCCUUGUUCAACGAGUUUUGAAGAGUUUGUCAGAUUCAAGCUGGAAGAGGUCACCUGGCCGGAAACGCAAGUUCUGGACUGGGUUGGUGAAAGAUGA